AUUUGUUCUAGGAUACAGUUAUUUGAAAAUAGUGUGAUUCAUUCAAGGCCCGUAAUGUUUUUGAAGGUCUUUUUCACUCUGAGACAAAUAAGUUGUGAUGAUGGAAGGAAGCAGAGGUCAGAGAGAUUUGAAGAUGCUACACUGCCUCCUUUGAAGAUGGAGGAUGGGGCUAUGAGCCAAAGAAUGCAGGUUAAAUGGAAACCACCCUUGGGAGCUGGAUGCCUGUGUAGCCUUUCUAUCAUAUCAGUGAACUGCAAUGAGUGGAGGAGGAGAGCAGCCGGAUAUCCUUAGUGUUGGAAUCCUGGUCAAAGAAAGAUGGAAAGUGUUGAGGAAGAUUGGGGGUGGGGGCUUUGGAGAAAUUUACGAUGCCUUGGACAUGCUUACCAGGGAAAAUGUUGCACUGAAGGUAGAAUCAGCUCAACAACCAAAACAAGUUCUGAAAAUGGAGGUUGCUGUAUUGAAAAAACUACAAGGGAAAGACCAUGUUUGUAGAUUUAUUGGCUGUGGGAGGAACGAUCGCUUCAACUAUGUGGUCAUGCAAUUGCAGGGUCGGAAUCUGGCCGAUCUACGCCGUAGCCAGUCCCGGGGUACAUUCACUAUUAGCACUACUCUUCGGCUGGGUAGACAGAUUCUGGAGUCUAUUGAAAGCAUCCAUUCUGUGGGAUUCCUGCACCGAGACAUCAAACCGUCAAACUUUGCCAUGGGUCGCUUUCCUAGUACAUGUAGGAAAUGUUACAUGCUUGAUUUUGGCUUGGCUCGACAAUUUACCAAUUCCUGUGGUGACGUCAGACCACCUAGAGCUGUGGCAGGCUUUCGAGGGACAGUUCGUUAUGCAUCAAUCAAUGCUCAUCGGAACAGAGAAAUGGGAAGACAUGAUGACCUUUGGUCCUUAUUCUACAUGUUGGUGGAGUUUGUGGUUGGCCAACUGCCAUGGAGAAAAAUAAAGGACAAGGAGCAAGUGGGCUCUAUUAAGGAGAGGUAUGACCACAGGCUUAUGUUGAAACAUCUCCCUCCAGAAUUCAGCAUCUUUCUGGACCACAUCUCCUCUUUGGAUUAUUUUACAAAACCAGACUAUCAGCUUCUUACAUCCGUGUUCGACAACAGCAUCAAAACCUUUGGAGUGUUUGAGAGUGACCCUUUUGACUGGGAGAAGACUGGAACUGAUGGUUCCCUGACAACCACCACUACUUCUACCACCCCUCAGUUGCACACCCGCUUGACCCCUGCGGCAAUUGGAAUUGCCAAUGCCACUCCUAUCCCAGGGGACUUGCUCCGAGAAAAUACAGAUGAGGUAUUUCCAGAUGAACAGCUUAGUGAUGGGGAGGAUGGCAUCCCAGUUGGUGUGUCACCAGAUAAAUUACCUGGAUCUCUGGGACACACUCAUCCCCAGGAGAAGGAUGUCUGGGAAGAGAUGGAUGCAAACAGAAACAAGAUAAAGCUUGGGGUUUGUAAGGCUGCUACUGAAGAGGAGAAUAGCCAUGGUCAAGCAAAUGGUAUUCUGAAUGCUCCAAGCCUUGGCUCACCGAUUCGUGUCCGCUCAGAGAUUACUCAGCCAGACAGAGAUGUUCCGUUGGUGCGGAAAUUACGUUCUAUACACAGCUUUGAGCUGGAAAAACGUCUGACACUGGAGCCAAAGCCAGAUACUGACAAGUUUCUUGAGACCUGCCUGGAGAAAAUGCAGAAAGAUUCCAGUGCAGGAAAGGAACCUGUUCUUCCUGCUCUACUUCAUAAGCCUUGUAUUCCUGCUGGGGCCCGUACUGACCGAAUCUGGAACCAUGAUGAAGAAUAUCUUCCAGAUGCUUCUAAGCCUGCCUCUGCCAACACCCCUGAGCAGGCGGUUGGUGGUGGCAGCAAUGGAUUUAUAGCAGUUAACUUGAGCUCUUGCAAGCAGGAGGUUGAUUCUAGAGAAUGGGUGAUUGUGGACAAGGAGCAGGAUCUCCGGGAUUUUAGGACAAAUGAGGCUUUAGGCCAUAAAACAACAGGGAGCCCUUCUGAUGAGGAGCCUGAAGUACUUCAAGUUCUAGAGGAAUCACCUCAAGAUGAAAAGCUCCAGUUGGGUCCUUGGGCAGAAAAUACUCAUUUAAAGAAGGAAACCUCAGGUGUGAUCUUAGCACUUUCUGGGGAGUGUCCUGCCACUGCUGCUUCAGAGCAAUAUACAGAUAGACUAGAACGCCAGGCUGGAGCUGGCAGUCAGUGUAUUGCAGCAACACCCACAAGUCCAAUGGAGGCACAAGCAGAAGGACCCCUUACAGCGAUUACACUUCCUCGACCUUCUGUGGCAUCUACACAGUCGACUUCAGGAAGCUUUCACUGUGGUCAGCAGCCAGAGAAGAAAGACCUUCAGCCCAUGGAGCCCACUGUGGAACUUUAUUCUCCAAGGGAGAACUUCUCUGGCUUGGUUGUAACAGAGGGAGAACCUCCUAGUGGAGGAAGCAGAACAGACUUGGGGCUUCAGAUAGAUCAUAUUGGUCAUGACAUAUUACCCAAUGUUAGAGUGUGUGACAAAUCCCAAAACCUGGGACCAAAAGACCUUCCUGACCAUAACAGACUGGCUGUGAGAGAAUCUGAAAGUCUCCAUAGGGAAACUGAAGAAAAAAGCAUUCUGCUAGACUCAGAUAAUGAAGAUGAGAAAUUAAGUAAAGGGCAGCAUUAUAUUGAGAUCUCUCUCCCAGGAGACUUGAUAACUGUGGAAAAGGAUCACUCAGCGACUACUGAACCUCUUGAUAUGACAAAGACACAGACAUUUAGUGUGGUGCCAAAUCAAGACAAAAAUCAUGAGUUAAUGAAGCUUCUGGCAGUUGGAACUUCAGAAAUUUCUCCACAAGUCAUUGACCCACUUGCUGAAGGACAGAUAGACCAGGUGGCAACAAUGCAAAACAGUAAGGUAUCUAAGGAUGAUGACAUCAAGAAUGAAGACUGGCUGGGUCAUCAAGGAGACCGCUCUGCCUUUUUGCACCAAGAGAGUAAGGAAGAGAAAAUUGCCCCUAGAAAUAGAGAGCUAUUUAAUUGUGUUUCAGAGAGUGAACAUUGUCCCCCAUCCCGGAAGGAUGUGGUUAGGUCAUCCUUCAUAACUAGACACAGCCGAAUCCCUGUUGUAGCACAAGAGGUAGAUUCAGCUUUCGAAUCAUCCUCUUCAGUCUCUGCAAAAGAAAAGCUCCUCCAAAAGAAAGCUUAUCAGCCAGACCUAGUCAAACUUCUGGUGGAAAAAAGGCAACUCAAGUCUUUCCUUGGGGACCUCUCAAGUGCCUCUGAUAAAUUGCUGGAGGAUAGACUAGCCACUGUUCCUCCUCCUUUUUCUGAGGAGGAAGUCUUCACUCCUUUUUCAAGACUGGCUAUAGGCACCCCCCUGAGCAGGUCAGCUGAAGAUAACUUUUUAUCACCUAUCAUCUCCCAGUCCCGAAAGAGCAAAAUUCCAAGGCCAGUGUCAUGGGUCAACACAGAUCAAGUCAAUAGCUCAACUUCAUUACAGUUCUUGCCUCGGCCACCACCAGGAAAGCCACCCACGAGGCCUGGAGUACAAGCCAGGCACCGCAGAUACAAAGUCCUGGGGAGUAGUAAUUCCGACUCAGACCUUUUCUCCUGCCUGGCCCAAAUUCUUCAGAAUGGAUCUCAGAAACCCUGGAGCACUACUCAGUGCAAGAGUCCAGGAUCCCCUCACAAUCCAAAAACACCACCCAAGAGUCCAGUUGUCCCUCGUAGGAGUCCCAGUGCCUCUCCUCGAAGCUCUUCUUUGCCUCGCACAUCUAGUUCCUCACCAUCUAGGGCAGGAAGGCCCCACCAUGACCAGAGGAGUUCAUCCCCACAUCUGGGGAGAAGCAAGUCACCUCCCAGCCACUCGGGAUCUUCCUCCUCCAGAAGGUCCUGCCAACAGGAGCAUUGCAAACCCAGCAAGAAUGGUCUGAAAGGAUCCGGCAGCCUCCACCACCACUCGGCCAGCACUAAAGCCCCUCCAGGGAAGAGUAAGUCAGCCAGUAAACUCAGCAGAUAGGAGCCAGGCUGCAUCUCUGUGAAAGGUGUGAGCUCUUCCUCCUAAACCUGAUGCAUGUGUGUCCCUGUACUGUCUAUUUAAAAAAUCUCUGUUGCCCUGGCAGGUGUGGGUCAGUGGUUAGAGCGUCAACCCUCGCACCAAAGGGUCAGGGUCAUGAGUUCGAUUACUGCUCCAGGGCACGGGUACCUGGGUUUCAGGCAUGCUCCUUGGCAUCGGUUGGGGUGUGUGCGGGA